AGGGCAGGACCAUGUGGACUUUGGCCAGCCUGAGCCCCACACCGUGCUUUUCCAUGAGCCGGGCAGCUUCUCUGUGUGGGUGGGUGGACGUGGCAAGGUCUACCUCUUCAACUUCCCCGAGGGCAAGAAUGCCUCUGUGCGCACGGUGAACAUCGGCUCUCCGAAGGGGUCCUGCCAGGACAAGCAGGACUGCGAGAACUAUAUCACUCUCCUAGAGAGGCGGGGAAAUGGGCUGCUGGUCUGUGGCACCAAUGCCCGGAAGCCCAGCUGCUGGAACUUGAUGAAUGACAGUGUGGUGGUGCCACUUGGUGAGAUGAAAGGCUAUGCCCCCUUCAGCCCGGAUGAGAACUCCCUGGUUCUGUUUGAAGGGGAUGAAGUGUACUCUACCAUCCGGAAGCAGGAAUACAAUGGGAAGAUCCCUCGGUUCCGCCGCAUCCGGGGCGAGAGUGAGCUGUAUACCAGCGAUACAGUCAUGCAGAACCCCCAGUUCAUCAAGGCCACCAUUGUGCACCAAGACCAAGCCUAUGAUGAUAAGAUCUACUACUUCUUCCGGGAGGACAAUCCUGACAAGAACCCAGAGGCUCCUCUCAAUGUGUCCCGAGUGGCCCAGUUGUGCAGGGGCGACCAGGGUGGUGAGAGUUCUUUGUCGGCCUCCAAGUGGAACACCUUCCUGAAAGCCAUGCUGGUGUGCAGUGACCCAGCCACCAACAGGAACUUCAAUCGACUGCAGGAUGUCUUCUUGCUCCCUGACCCCAGUGGCCAGUGGAGGGACACCAGGGUCUAUGGUGUUUUCUCUAACCCCUGGAACUACUCAGCUGUUUGUGUGUAUUCUCUUGGUGACAUCGACAAAGUCUUCCGUACCUCUUCACUCAAGGGCUAUCACAUGGGCCUUCCCAACCCUCGACCUGGCAUGUGCCUCCCCAAAAAGCAACCCAUACCAACGGAAACCUUCCAGGUUGCUGAUAGUCACCCAGAGGUGGCACAGAGGGUGGAGCCCAUGGGGCCACUGAAAACACCGUUGUUCCACUCUAAGUACCAUUACCAGAAGGUGGUCGUCCACCGCAUGCAAGCCAGCAAUAGAGAGACCUUCCAUGUCCUUUAUCUAACCACAGACAGGGGCACUGUUCACAAGGUGGUGGAAUCAGGGGACCAGGGACACAGCUUCGUCUUCAACAUCAUGGAGAUCCAGCCCUUCCACCGUGCAGCUGCCAUCCAGGCCAUAUCAUUGGAUGCUGACCGGCGGAAGCUAUACGUGAGCUCCCAGUGGGAAGUGAGCCAGGUGCCCCUGGAUAUGUGUGAGGUCUACAGCGGGGGCUGCCAUGGCUGCCUCAUGUCCCGAGAUCCCUACUGCGGCUGGGACCAGGAUCGCUGCGUGUCUAUCUACAGUUCCCAACGGUCAGUGCUGCAGUCUAUUAACCCAGCUGAGCCACACAAAGACUGCCCCAACCCCAAACCAGACGAUGCCCCACUGCAGAAGGUUUCCCUGGCCCGAAACUCUCGAUACUACCUGACCUGCCCCAUGGAGUCCCGCCACGCCACCUACUUAUGGCGCCAUGAGGAGAAUGUGGAACAGAGCUGUGAACCAGGCCACCAAAGCCCUAGCUGCAUCCUUUUCAUCGAGAACCUCACAGCCCGUCAGUAUGGUCACUACCGCUGUGAGGCCCAAGAGGGUUCCUACCUCCGUGAGGCUCAGCACUGGGAGCUGCUGCCUGAGGACAGAGCCCUUGCCGAACAGCUAAUGGGCCAUGCUCGGGCCCUGGCCGCCUCCUUCUGGCUGGGAGUCCUGCCCACACUCAUACUUGGCCUGCUGGUUCACUAGGGCUUCUAGGAGCGUGGGGCACCCCAGGCUUCUGUAACCCAGGAGUACUAGAAAUAAGUCACACUCACAGCCGGCCGGCCCGGGAGCUCGUUGUCCACCGAUUCUUCCAGGGGUACUAAAUAAUCCAGUGGGGGACAAAGGGCAUGGAGAUGUCCAGCCGCAGGCGGCUGCUGGGGCCCAGGUGGGGUAGGGACAGUGAGGGACUGCAAAAUGAAGGCAUCGACUGUGAAGCUGGGCCAUCAGUGACCCCAGACUUUAUCUUCCCAAGACUAUUUUUCAAAAUCUCCUCACACUUGACUUCGUGCAGCGAUGCACUUGGCCUGAGAGCCCAGCAGCCUGGCAGUGGCUUUGGGAAGGAAGUUGGGGCUCUCAUCUCUGGACCUUGGGGCCCAGGCCUGGGUCCUUUGGGACCACUGUGCCCAACUGCUUCCUUCCCUGCCCCACUGCUGGGUGGCCAGUGUUCCUGCAGACCCAGGCUGCUCCUCUGCACCUCCCUCACAGCCUGGGUCCCACCGGACAGCGCCUUGCAUGUUUAUUGAAGGAUGUUUGCUUUCCGGACGGAAGGACGGAAAAAGCUCUAUUUUUAUGUUAGGCUUAUUUCAUGUAUAGCUACUUCUGACUGCAUCUGUAUGAAAUACCAAAACUACAUGCUGGGGG